AAUGCCGCUUGCAUCGCACCUUUCCUCGCGUUUUCUGCGCCAUGUCGUGCCUUCCUUCGCCCGCACUCGUCAACGACUGCCGCUCGCCUCCGUCAACUUUGUGCGUUGGUCACCACAGCGCGCCUACGCAGUCGGCUCCAGCUCCGCGCAGUCCGCAGCUGCACACUCAGACACGGUGCACGCCGCUUCGUACCACCCAGACGCCCCCUCUCUCCUCGAAGUCCAGCCGUCUCCUGUGGAGGUGCACCAAGUCAUUGUCCGCGCCGUGCAGCGGGGAGAGUGGGAACACGCCAUUCGACUGCUACUGGGUGCCCUGCACAGCCACUGUGUCCCCCUCGCCGAGACGUACCAACUUGUCCUCCUCGCUGCCCUGCGAGGCGGUGGAUGGCAAUCGAGUGUGGAGUUGACGGAGCAGGUAGCUACGAGCCCCCUCUCCACAACCGCCAUCUACCACACAGUAGCCGACGCACUCCUCUCCCAGAAGGGGCAAGAGUCGCACGGCUUUAGUGAGGCGCUCGCCCGUACUGUCAUGCAAGAGUUGGUGCCGCUGAUGCUGGCCGACGCCACACGGCACGUGGCGUGGAAGCCGCGCCACCGCGAGAGUGUUCUGCGGGUGUUGGCCGAAGCAAACCACCCACAGCUGGCCACACAGUUGUUCGAGCGGUGGUCGACGUCGCAGGGCGGCGCGUACGCAUGUGGAGGGCGUGAGGCCGCGCUGUUGAUGGCCGCCUUCGCCACCACUGGCGAUUGGCGCUGUGCGGAUGCCCUGCGCGUGCGUCUGCCGACGGUCUCGGGCGACGUGUUGGUGGACUACGUGCGUGCCUUUAUAACAGCCCUGAAGAGCAGCGGAGGUGUGCCGGCAGGAGCAUCAGCUGGCGGUGCUGGCCUUCCACAGACGUCCGCGAAGAGCCAAUCGGAGCUGGUACCGUGGGAGGUGGCGAUGGACGUCGCAGCGAAGCACAAAGAGAGCCCCUCCUUAGCGGCGGCAGCGGCACAACUGCAGCACGUCGCACAUCAAUCUGCCGCACCGACGGACGUGUCGCGUUGGUGGUGGGCCGCAGAGACGACGGUACACACCAAGCUGACGGAGCUGCGGAGGCGUGCGUUGAGGUCCACCGAUGAAGUGACGCAGCUCCUCACGCAAAGUCACGUGACAAAGGCGGGUGUAGUGGAGCUGCUGCGUGCUAUUGAGGAAUCUGGCGUGCUUUCCGCAAACGGUGAUCUGUCACACUACUGGACGCAGUGGCUGGAGGUCGUGCUGGCACUCAGCUGGUACUGCCCGAGCGCCCUUGUGUCGUCGAACGGGUUCGCGGACGGACUCGCACGUUUGCUGCCGCGGCCACACUUGAAGGUAGUGCAUCCCUCUAGCGUCACCUCUUCCUUUACUCCGUUGAAUGCUAGUAGGGAGAAGGAUCUUCCUUUGUGGCAGUACGUUGUAGCGCGCAUGCUGGCCGAGACGGCAAGCGAUGGCCAAAACAGUGGUGUGGCGCGCUGCGUGCUAACCUUCACGGCGACACUUCACUACCUGCUGUUCGCGCAAGAGAGAGCUGCUUCGUCCACAACUCUCUCCAACUCCGCUGCGCAAGAUAUCUCGGAGACCGUGGGACACGCAUGCGCGAGAUGGACUGCGCAGCUCCGUGCCUUACAGCGCCGUCGUCACGCGGACGCAGACCUCGAUGGGCAAUCGCCUUCUGCCGUCGCAAGCACAGAUGCCAUCGUGGUGCACCUGAACACCCUCGGCGCCUUCACACAUCUCCCAACUUUCGAGCAGUGCGUCAGCGGUGUGUUGUGCGACGCCACAGCUAUGGCAGGUGCGGUGGACACAUCUAUACUAGCCUUCAUGAAGCCGUUGGAGCAGCUGGGAGAGGCAUCCGCGCUGUGCGAGGUGGUGUGUGCAGCCCUUAGCAAUGUGUCGUCGCCUCCCCCACACGCAGCGUACGUGCUUACGUUGUACACGUGUCAUGAACUGCAAAAGGGUACGGCUGUGGUCACACUGCGUCCUUUGCUGCGGCGAGUGGAGCUCGUCCUUCUCGACACCGCCUCCAACGCAGAUGCGCUGGUGCUCCUCUGUGCGCAACUGCAGUGGUGCUGGGGUGGCUCACUGGAAAGCCUCCGUGUGCUGGCCGUGCCGAUCCUCACACGUCGUCGGUGCUGGCAUGCCCUCGCCUGUCUGCUCGCCCGCUGCCCACCGCCGCUGUCGACGCAGGAGCAGCGCGCUGCCGCCACGUGUGCGGAGGAACAGCAGCUGGAGGAGCUGGAACUGCUGGUGCGCGCCGGUGACGUCGUACGUGCCUGGGAACGGUGGGGUGAAGUAUACAGCGAUGACGCCGCCGAGCUGUCCUUGUCCGUGCCUCUCCACACCGCACUCGUGUCUCUUCUCCUUUCGAAGGGCCGCAUAGAAGAGGCGUGCGAGGUACUAGCGGUGGCGCCUGUGGCGGGGGCGGGUGCGGCCUCCGAAGCAUCGUGGCCGCAUCUCGGGCUGCGCGUGUGCCGUCACGUUCUGCGAAACCCCCAACUCGAGCUGACGCUGUCGAACUUGUGGGAGGUGGCGCAGAUGGAGGGGAGUGCGGUGACAAAGCGAGAGGCGACGAUGGGCUUGGCCAUGUUUGCUGCUAUGGCGCUUUCGCUUGUGGGACGGGCGGCGGACGCUUUCCGUGUCCUCGACAUCGCAGAGGAGCAUGUGGUGCAGUACGAUGAGACGCACCACCAUCACCAUCAGCAGCACAACCUCCCCUCUCGAGAGGACAAACGCGUAGCAGAGAAGAGCGACUGGAGAAGCAGCUCCCUUGUCCUGCACAAAACGGAUGCGCAGAUGUCCGAGAGCAUUCCUCUCUAUGUCCAGUGCGCUAUGCCGCCCAUCCUGCUCUCCGCACUGUCGAGUGCGACCACUGUUAACGCAGAGCUCGAGAGCCAUCAAGCUGCUUCGGCGGUGCUGCGAGUAGCUCGUCAUGUUUUUCUCCUCACCUCCCACGCAGCAGAGGCUAUGGAGGCAUGGUCAGCCGUGCUUCCGCGUUUGUACACGACGGCGUUAAAACAUGCAGAAGAGAAGAGCAAUCGAGUUGGUGCUGGCGCCGCUGACGGUGACGCGGCGUCGCACGUUCUUUCGAUGGCGUGUCUUCUGUUAUCCGAGUCCGUCGGGCGGCAAGUGGCGGUGUCACAUGCCGUGCUGCAGUUGUCGGUCACUGCCAUCACCGCCAAGGCGUUCUCGCCUGACUGCACUACCGCGCUGACCGAGAGCGUUCGUCGGGCACUUUGUGCGCCGCUCGCGGGCAGCGAUGGCAGCUCGGAUAGCUCCAUCUCGAUGGUGCAGGCUAACGCCUCACAGGUGGCGCGGUCUCUUGCUGCUCAAGGCAGCUACGCGCAGGCGUUGGAGUGGGUGGAUGAAUUCAACCUGUGGACCGCCACCGCAGAUUCUGCGUGCAUCCCGGCCGCAACGUUGUGGAUGUGGAUUCAAGCAGGCUGCAGUGAUGCGCAGCGUCAAACAGACACGCGUGCCUCUCUGCAACACCAGCGCCGCUCCGAUGAAGCUGCGAAGAACGCGAAGGGAAAAGAAUCACACGCUGCGCUCUCCUCUUCGCGGUCUCUUGACGCCCUCCUCGAAUGUGGUGCUUGGCAGGAUGCCGUUAGUUGCUACAUGCACGUCGUUCUGGAGCCACGGGCGAACCAACUCAGCCCCACCACCGACCCCGCCCACACCCCCGACGCCGCAAUGGAGCUUGCGGAGCUGCGCGACAGUUAUCUUACCCCUCGCGUGUUAAACCGCGUAAUGCAGACGUUGGCCCACAACGCACCGUGGAGGACCUGCAUACAAGCCUGGAUGCUCCUAUGUGUCCACCUGCCGCUCUUCUCGUGGAACGCGUCGGCCAGCGAGGUGAUGCCGGCGCUUCAACUCCUGCUUUCUGCCAUGCAGCAGCAGGGGGCACAGUCACACGAUGUUGGGAUGGUGCUCGUGUGGAUCGCGGCGCAGUUCGACCCGCCUCUCUCUGCCAUCUCACCGCUCCUCCAGCAGUUUGCCUGCGCCGUCGCCGCGGCGCCGGUGUGGACGCGGGCUGAAGGCGAGCUGUGCGCUGCCCGGUUACAUCAGUUGCGGCACCUUCUUGGAGAACAGCGCGUGCGCGAGGCAACGCAGGCAAUCGCAGAGGCGGAGGUGGCCCUCGCAUGGCCGAUGCUGCGACUGCCGCAACAGCAGCGACAGCAGCCGUUGCCUUGUGUGUGGAAUGAAGGCGGCGGCGGCGUUGGCUCGGAGAUGUGGCUGCAGCCGGGCCGUCCCCUCCUGAGCAGCAGCGAGGUCGAUGCUUUGGCGGUGCUCGCCCCCCUGCUGGUGCUCGCCACGACGCCUCAGUUAGAGGUGCUCGCACGGCGACACCUCGGCGGCCGUUUCCAGGGAUUUGAGCUUAAGGCCCUCCUCUGGUGGUACCGCGACGAACUGCGGCAACGGGUGAAGGCAGCCCAGGAAUUGGCGGGCGACGACGCGCUCGUGCGGUACCUCGCGCACAAUGUCACGCUGCACGUGCACGCGUCGCAGGCUUUUGCGCAGGGGGUCGACAAAUCGGAGACGGCGGCUGCGAAGUGGCUGGCGGAAGUGGUGUUUGACGACUUAGUUCCCCUUCCCCUGGCCGCGCGGGUGUGGGCAGCAUGCCGCACGCCCGCCGCAGCGUUGGCGGCGUGUCGCUGGACGCCGUUGGUCGAGGCGGAGCUCUGUGAAGCGCUGCUGCGCCAUCACGGCAAACCCCCCGCUCAGUUGCGCACCGCCCCGCACAUCAGCCGACAGGCCAUCGCGCACUAUUGGAGCUGCUUCCACAUCGUGCUGGUUCCGGAGUUGCACUUCGGCCCUCUUGAGUUGUGCUGUCUCGCCGCGUAUGUGCCGGCUCUGAUGCAGCUCCGCACGCAGCACCCUGACUCUAUUCAGCCGGGUUACCGCUCCGCGAUGCGGGAGCUGGCAGGCCAGGUCCAUCGCACUCACUUCAGUCCAAGUCGGGUGCCGGCGGAGGACACCCUCGCCUACCUGCGCCGCCCGCACUCCGCAGCCGCCAUUGCCGCUGUUAUGACGACGGCGUACAAGAAGCUGAAGGUGUUGCAUUCGCAGCUUUUCACCAGCGCAGACGCGACGGCGGCAAGCGACGUGGCCCGUACGCUGCCGGGGCACCUGCACCAGCACUUCGCCACGUGUGGGGCGGCAGUCUCAUUCCCGGAUGAGACACCCGCUCGCCUGCAACAGGCAGACCUUGCUGCAGCAGCUCGCCGCCUGAGUGCACUUUACGAACACAAACCCUCGGCUCACCCUUCCUCCGCUUCGUAUUCUCUGUGCCAUUGCCCACCUGUCUUCUCCACAGUACACGAUCAUCGGGGCAGUGCGGAGGCGCCUCUCUCCAUUUCGGAGUUGCUCGGCUCCGCACAGAAGCGCCUGCCCUCACUUCUCACUCGAUCGUGGGUGAGUUGGGUCAUGGCGGCGUGCGUCGUGCCACGCCAGCCCAUCCCGCCCGCCGUCUCGUUGCUGUUGGUGGAAUGGGUGAAGAGUGCCCUCCACUCCCCACAAACGCAAGAGUACCACAACACGGACGUCAUCUCCAUUCACACUGCCCAGAUGCAAUGGAGCGCACAGGCAGCUGCGGGUCAACGCGAGCUGCAGCAGCGCCGGUGCCGUGAGCUGAGUUGUGUCUGGCAGCUGCUCACCGAUACAGAUGCGUGGUUGCUGAUGAAUUUUGGUCACCGGGCCGCCUUGGAGAAGAUGGUACGUCCGUCGACUGCGCAGGUGAGGGCGCUGCCAACGAAGACACGUGGCGGCGGUGGCGGUCAGGAGCGUAAAAAGACAGAGCAACGGCCGUUGAACGACCACUGCGAAUCGAAGUGA